AUUAAUUUUUUUUGAUAUUUGACAAUUGUCAAAAAAUCAAAAUGUUUAAAAAUAAAAAUCAUUUUUUGUAAAAGGGUCAUGUUUUUCAUGAAAUCAUUGAUAUAACUUAUUCCAUCUAAUAUUUAAACAUUUAAUAUACACAGGUUUUACUACCGAAAUAAAAUAAGUUGACUUUUUCAAAAGAGGUUAACUUUUUUACUUUAGACCGAAAAUGGCGACGCCUGUAUAUGUUGAAGAGGAAUUGGGAAAAAAAUGGGAUAAAUGUUUAUCAGAUGGAGUUCUUAAAUUUGGUGGAGGUCUGGUAUUAGGCUCAGUAUUUUCCUUAUUAUUUUUCAAGAGAAGGCGAUGGCCUAUCAUAAUGGGUGGAGGAUUUGGUGUUGGAAUGGCUUAUUCGAACUGUGAAAAAGACCUUAAUGCCACAUUUGUCAGUAAAAAGUAAGAUUCCAGUCUAAAAGUGAACAUUCUAGAGUUAUUGUCUUAAGUGACAGUGGGCUAUUUAUAGAAAAAAUUGUGUAGUCAUUUGUAAAUAUGAACAUUAAAUAUUGUUACACCCAUAUUUUUAUUUAAUUCUUACUUUAUUUUAAUAUUAUUUAAUAUUGUUCAAUGUUAAUAAAGCGGGUACGUCACUA